ACCGAAUAAUCACAAUACAAAAAAGAAGAAAAAAAUAGGAUGAAGAAUCAACUUCUAAUGUUGCUUUUUCUUAUUGUGACAGUUUUUUCAAGCAUCGAAGCUCAAACUUGCAAGCCUAGUGGCAAGCUAAGGGGCAAGAAGCCUCAGGGAAAAUGCAACAAUCAAAAUCAAUCUGAGUGUUGCGAGGAAGGUAAGCUUUACACUACUUUCACGUGUUCGCCACCAGUGUCCGCUCGUACAAAGGCAUUGUUAACAAUCAACAGCUUUCAGAAGGGCGCCGAUGGCGGAGGGCCAUCUGCAUGCGAUAACAGGUUCCAUUCAGAUAACACGCCGGUGGUGGCACUGUCAACCGGGUGGUUCAACAAGCGACAGAGGUGCUUGAACAACAUUAUCAUCCAUGGAAAUGGACGAAGUGUAAAAGCAAUGGUGGUUGACGAGUGUGAUUCCACCUUGGGUUGUGAUGCCGAUCAUGCUUUCCAACCUCCAUGUCCUAAUAAUAUUGUUGAUGCCUCCAAAGCCGUGUGGAAGGCUUUGGGUGUUCCUGAAAAAGAUUGGGGCAACUUGGAUGUUACUUGGUCCGAUGCUUGAUCUCCAACGCAUUUGUUAAUGUUUUUCUUCUUAUGUUGUAAUAAAAAAGAAAGUAUACUACUACAUGUAUUGGUGCGAACUUUCACGAAAUGGUUAUAAAGUGUACUACUGCUUGUUUAUCCAAAUUUUGGCAAG